UUCCAGAUUCUCUCGUAUUAAAUAAUUAUUAACUAUGACAUCACCAAUAGUCACUUUGGUGCUAUUUCUCUCACUUUCCAUACUCACGAAUGGAAGAAGACAAGAGAGGGUUUGUCUACAGUUAGAGAGUAUAGAAGAUGUAUAUGGCGAAAAUCGUGCCGAAGUACAAACUAUUCCGGGCAAAAAAGGCCCGAAAGGCGAUAGAGGAUUUCCUGGGCUCAAGGGAUCACAAGCAGAAGUCGAUUAUGAUGAACUUGAAGCCUUGAUCAAUAGAAAUGUCGAAAGAGCAAUGGAAAAGCAACGAGCAGAAAUGAACGAAACAAUGGAUGAAUUGCUGGACAGAAUAGAAGAAUUAGAAGGCAUUUUCCGCCUCCUGGAUUCACUGAACAAGAUAUUGUGCGUUAUGACGGAAGAAUAUUCAUACCGUUGGCAUCUGAACAAGUUACUAAAGCAUCAGCGAUCGUCAAAUGUCAACAGCUCGGUGAAUCAGAUUCUUCGUUUUCAAAACGGAACUGUGACAUCACACAGUGUUUUCAAAUGGUACCCUGGGUCUCCAUACAAUGGGCAGGGUAAUUCUGGUUUCACAAACAUGUAUAUCAGGAUUCAUGAAGACUCAACAAGCCAAAAUCAAUACAUUUUCAACUACCCAGAUUAUUCCCGAUACGUCCUGUGUGAAGUUUAA